GAAGGUAUUUGUCUAUAAUCUAGCAAUAAACGUAUAAUAUGGGGCCAAUUAAACAAGAUAGUGAAAAGGCAUUAAAUAGAGUAAUGUGGACCCCAGACUUCAGUGUAAAGGACAACAAUAUGAUCAACUUUAUGCAAAGAAUAAACAAGAAGUACAAUUUAGCACUGCAAAGUUACGACCAAUUGUGGGAAUGGUCAACCAAAAAUUAUGCAGAGUUCUGGGGGGAGGUGUGGGAUAUUAUGGAAAUAGUACAUUCUACUGGGUAUGUUAAAGUUGUGGAUGUGACAAAAAAGAUUACUGACAACCCAGAAUGGUUCUCUGGUGCAAGAAUAAAUUAUGCUGAGAAUAUGUUACGAUAUGAUGAUGAUAAAGUGGCAAUACUAUCUGCUGGUGAAGGAAGAAAUAUUGAAAGUUUAUCAUACAAAGAGUUGCGCAUUAAAGUUGCACUGUAUUCAUCAGCACUGCGUAAACUAGGGAUUGAGAGCGGAGAUAGAGUAGUGGGGUACAUACCUAACUGCACUGACGCCGUGGUAAUUAUGCUGGCAGCUGCAAGUAUUGGCGCAAUAUGGAGUAGUACAUCACCUGAUUUUGGAGUUUCUGGAGUUUUAGAUCGGUUUCAGCAAAUCAAACCAAAAAUUAUAUUUUCAGUGGAUGCAGUUCGAUAUAACAAUAAAAUUCAUACGCAUUUGGAUAAACUGCGACAAGUGGUUAAUGGUCUAGCAGAUCUACAGUCUGUAGUUGUGAUUCCUUUUGUUAAUAACAUGGAAAGUGUUAACAUAGAUGACAUACCAAAAAGUAUGAUGCUAUCCUCUUUUCUUCAGACUGGGUCAACAACUGAUAGGUUGCAGUUUGAGCAACUUCCAUUUAACCACCCACUGUUUAUUAUGUACUCAUCUGGCACCACAGGACCUCCAAAAUGUAUGGUUCAUUCAGCAGGAGGGACUUUAAUCCAACACAUGAAGGAACACAUAUUACAUGGUAACAUGAUGCGAUCAGAUAAAAUAUUGUAUUACACCACCACAGGAUGGAUGAUGUGGAAUUGGCUGGUUGGUGCUUUAUCAUCCGGUGCAACCAUUGUUCUCUAUGAUGGUUCACCAUUUCAACCAAAAGCUAAUGUCAUGUUUGACUUAAUAGAUAGUUUGAAAAUAACCAUUUUAGGAACCAGCGCAAAGUGUUUAGAUGUGAUGGAAAAGUACAAGCUGGAGCCAAUUAAAACUCAUAAUUUAAGUACCUUGCACACUGUUCUCUCCACAGGUUCACCCUUAGCUGGCCACCAAUAUGAUUAUGUUUACAAUAAUAUCAAGGCCGAUGUUUUAUUAGGCUCAAUAACUGGAGGAACAGAUAUUAUUUCAUGUUUUAUCGGACAAAACUGGACAGUGCCUGUUCAUAGGGGUGAAUUACAGUCAGCUAAUCUUGGUAUGAGCGUUGCUUGCUUUCUAGAAGAUGAAGAGGGUAAUGCGAUUCAGGUUUAUGAUAAACCAGCAGAGCUAGUGUGCACUGUUCCAUUCCCGUGCAUGCCUACUUGCUUUUGGAAUGAUGAUUCAGGAGAAUUGUAUAGAAAUGCAUACUUCAGUAAAUUACCUGGUGUGUGGUGUCAUGGUGAUUAUUGUAUGCAGAACUCACAAACCAAUGGCUUUGUUAUGCUAGGCAGAAGUGAUGCCACACUAAAUCCUAACGGAGUUAGAUUUGGAACUUCUGAGUUAUACUCCGUAAUUGAAUCUCGGUUUAAAGAAGAAAUAAAUGAUUCUGUUGCAGCUGCUUACCGCAAAUACACAAAAGACAGCACAAGUUACACAGAGAAUGUCAUCUUGUUUUUAAAGAUGGCAGAUGGUUUUUCACUUGAUAUGAAGUUGGAAAAUGAAAUACGCCAGCAAAUUCGUGCCCAAUUAACCCCACGCCAUGUCCCAGCUAUUCUAAUGCAAGUACAAGAUAUCCCAUACACAAUCAGUGGAAAGAAAGUAGAAAUGGCUGUCACACAAAUUCUAGCGGGUAUGGAUGUCAAACAUAAAGGAGCUUUCAAAAAUCCAGAAGCUUUGGAGUUAUAUAAGAACAUAGUAAUACCCAGCUAACUUUUUACAUGUUUAAUUUCAAGUUUAACUUUUAUUUUAGUAGACCUAGUCGGUUGCUGAACGUAUUAUACACAUUGCUUCAUUAUCAUUAUAAAGAGGAAGUAAUAACAAAUACAAAUAUAAUGUCACAACAGUAGAGUAAUUAAUCCAAGCACUAACACAUGUAAACAGGGUUGUUUGCACAAAUCCAAAGUAAACAACUGUAGCUUUUAUGAUUAGCCAUUAUACACAACUGCAUAUUAUUUUCGUAGUUUGAUUUUUGAAGAUAUUACUUUAGUUCUAAUUGUUGUAAAGACCAAAAUGUCACAGAUUUCAAAUAUAAUUUUUAGCUGUGUUUCUAUUUUAUGCAAUUAAUUUUUAAUCUGUUCUAGAAGUUCGAGUUCAUUUUUUGUGUUAGCAACUGUGUGAAUUUUAUAACGAAGCAUUAUAUUUAUACGUUUCACUAUUAUGGCAUAGUCUUAGGACUACUUAAAAAUGCUUAAGAGCU